CAAGUGGCAGCUGCGGUAUUCAGAAGAGUUAUCACCGGACUUGGGUAGGCAGAUCCGGACAAAGGCGAAAUCUAAAAGCAAAUGUUUGUUGUCGAUGAUGGUUUUCGAGGCGAUCCCUCGACACGGCACCCCCAAUCCCAUGGGAUUCGGAAGUGGGGCAAACGAAUGGGCAUUGAGAUCGAUUUCCCAUCUCCAUUUGACCUGCUUCUGUUAUUGCACUCUUCCGGACGCAAUGCAGUGCCUGGCGAGAACGAGAAGCGACGAAACUCCAGCGUGACAUCGGGGCGUCGCGGUACAACUGGGCAGGGUGCCUCGGGUGCCCUUGUGUCCCGUCAUGCCCGUAACCUCCAGAAGUGGAAGCAAUAUCAAUCUAGUACACGGGCAUUACACCAUGAGAAGGAUACUGUACCUAUUCAAGUGCGCACGGGGCACCAGGGCCAGGCGACGGACACUUCCACUACCUCUAUGGACACAAUGAACUGA